UCUAAUUCGCGAGAAAAUACAUUUGUCAUUAUGACAACCGUUCUUUCACUUUCGCUAUCUUAAAGUUAGAUCCAAAGAAUCGCUCUAUUAAAGGAGACUUUUCUUUUUUUGUUUUUACUGAUCAAGGUGCGUCGAAGAUAAUUCCCUGGCAGAAAGAACCUUUGCCAUUGUAGUCAUUGAUAAGUGAUAAAGUACAUUUUGCAAAUAAACCACAAGCUGAUUAGAUGGCAAACGUGAACCUUUCCUCGAGAGUUGUUAAUUGUUACACAUAUUCAAAAGGAUACUUUUGAAAAUAAUAAUGGUUGUAUUAUUAAGAAGUUGAAAUCAUGAAUCCUUUCCUUUUUCGAUGAAAAAAGAAUUGCUUCUUCUUCUUGACUCAUCGCAUCAAAGUAUAAGUAUCUGUAUUUAUGAGCCAUAUGGCAGGGCGAUUGGAAAACGAUAGAAAAUUGUUCAACGAAUCCGCCACAGUCCGAAUGAACACGGGUUCUCUUUUUGCAUAAAGCGAUUCUAAGUUAAAGAAUAAACAAGCCGGCAUGAAUAUUUUUUAAUAGGACAAUUCAUUUCUUUUCUCAGCAGGUAAGCAUUUCGAAAAGAAAAACAUUGUAUUUGAUGAGAGUAAAACGUGUGAAGUUUUUGAUGGAUGUACAAGAUAAAGAUCAAUGAUUCUACAACUGAUGUACAGAAAAGCGUUAGGAAAAAAAGGUAUUAAAAUUUGUAUCUUGAAAAAUAAUAUUGAUCACAUCCAAUAGAUUGCAGACACCCUAGGAUGACAGGUAAAAUUGAAUCUUUUUAGCCAAAAGAAAAAGAAAACAUUUCAAGUCUAUUUUUAGGUAUUUGUGGAAGCUCUCAUAUCAAGCUAAGAAUUUUGGUAGGGCUUUAUACUGAAUUUGAAGCGUCUGCUUCGUUGCCAUUUGAGAAGAGGUGUUCUUUGGUGAUAACAAGACUGUCGUGAUAUUGGAAAUAAGAAAAGAGGAUAAACAAUUUGACCGCCACUUCUUUGUUAGGCGAAUAAAAGGCGAAAAAAUUUAAACCUAGCACAAAAAGGCAUGCAAUUUCUCAUUUAUGCCACAACUCUUUCUUAAAAAAGGGCUUUUUUAAAUUUCUUUUUGUUCGAUUCUUAUCCGUGCCAUGCAGUCUGUGAACGUGACUUAAGUGUAUAAUAUAGUUUGUGGUUGCAGUCAUGUUUUUAUUCUAUAAACGCUGAGAUGACGGAUUUGGCUGCGGGAGCUAUCCUGGUUGCCAAACUUUCUUCGUAUCAACGUGAAUUCAUAGCAAAUUCUCAGCAUGCAAGGUAAAGUAUAUCCAUAAUUGGUAUCUCAAAUUCUUCUUAUAGGGAAUGAGUUGUCACGAUAACAAGCUAUAUCUGGAAAGGAAAUGAAGAAAGAAAUGAGAAUGAUAUUUUACCUUAAAAGAAGACUCAGAAGUCAGUUUUAAUCUGUAAGUAUGAAUAGGACCGUGAAGGAAAGUUCUAGCAACUAUGACUUCAAUUCUACCCAAGGGACACCAACUAUGAAUGGCACGAUGCCUCUGUCUGAGCAGGUCAUGUGGUGUGUAGCUCUCGCAUUGGUGGCAGUGGCUAUCAUCGUUGGCAAUUGUAUGACCAUCGCAGUCUUCACUAAAAGGAAACUUCUACGCAUGCGUGCCAACUACUUUCUUGUAACGUUAGCUGUCGCAGACCUCAUGGUCGGCACAUUUGCAGUUCCAAUGUAUAUCCAUCAGUUAAUAUCCUACUGGAAAAAUAAUGCUGAAGGGACUUACAUUGCGUAUAAAGCCGUAGACAUUUUCACAGCAUUUUCUUCAAUCUUUGCUCUGACAAUAAUCGCUCUGGAGCGACUGUAUGCGGUGAUGUGUCCUCUAAGGCAUCGUCUAACCUCCAAAAAAGCCUACUACAAACUCAUAGCAGUCGUAUGGAUUUUGUCUUUGUUGGUAGCUGUGUUGUAUUUUAUGAACGGAUUCAAGGUGUUCAAGUAUAAAAUUUUUUUCUACUUUGUUAUCUUCUUUAUAUUCACAUCUCUCCUGCUCAUUUGUGUGGCAUAUGUGCUCGUAUGGGCGAACGUUUCUUAUCAUAAAAGAGAGAAACCGAAGCGGGAGAGCAGAUAUCAGGAAGAAAUCGACCAAAUGAAGCGAAGUGCCCAAGAAAAACAACUCGUCACGACCCUUUUAAUUAUAACACUCGUUUUCGUUUUAACUUGGAUACCUUUCUACAUUCUUAACAUCGUGGUUUUUUUAAAUGAUGAUUGGGAGUCCUCUCACAUUCCUUAUGAAGUCUUCGCUUUCACUAAGCUAUUGCAUUAUAGCAACAGCUUUGCCAAUCCAAUCGUAUACUCCAUAAGAAUACCAAAAUUUACUAGAACCCUUCUUGGAUCUCUGCGUCGAAGAAAGACUGCGCUAUUCGAAUCACUGCGGUUAAGUUGAUUAGUAGUUUGUUGUGUGACUCUGUGCAAAAUGUGUCUGCAAUAUCUACUCAAGGUUUAGGAAACUUGGGUCAUUUGAUAUGUUGUGGGAUCUUUAUCUUCCUCCCAGACGACCAUUCUAUUAGAUGACUAGCUACCCUCCCAGCGAAGAGGUUGAGCGUCACAUUAAAAGAGGUAAACUCCGUGACCCUAAUCAACCACAUUCUGCGAUUAAAUUUACAAGGCCCGACUUUCGCUAGUCGAUUAAAGGUGCAACUGCAUAUUCGAAGUAAACCAGUCUAGUGCAGAGACCUCAACUGAGUGCCUCAAUACUCCUCUAUUAUAAACAAAGUGCCGGACUGAAACAAUUUCAUUUUACUUUCAGUUUUCAAAAUCGAAUCAUAGCAUUAUCACCAAAGAAAAACAAUUUUUAAUUCAUAUAUACAAUCUAUUGAUACAUGUGUAGAAGAAAGGAAUAUGCAGAGAACUGCUUUAAAAGGUUAGGAAUGGACAAAAUAAUUCCAAGAAUUAUAACCGAUUGUUCAUGAUAAUAAACUAAU